UUGGGUGCGUUUGACAGGAGAGAAGUCGUUCAGCUUGUGCCUCCUUUAUAUAUAUAUACACACACACACACACGCUAUUUUCUUGGGUAAAUGAAGAGCCGGAGAUAAAAGUUUAGACCUGGACCUCACUUCGUCAUUUCGCAUAGGGUUUCUGAUGAGUCAUCAGAUCUUACUUUGUCUUGUUCAUGAAUGCUCAGAAAUCUUGAUGACUUGAGCAAGAUCUAAGUGAACUUGUUUCUGAUCUGGGUUUCAUUUGAUUCCUCUGUUUUCACGGAAUCUUGAGCUUUUUUGUUGUUCAGUGAUGGAAGAAGUUCAAGAACAGAAGUUUGUAUGCAAGUUUUGCAACAAGUGUUGCUUCAGCGGUAAGUCAUUAGGUGGUCAUAUGAGGCGUCACCUAGCUUUGAUUGCUGCUGCAAAAAAGGAGAAAGUGAAAGCCGACAUCAACGUGGGUUUUGGAGGAGGUUAUGAUCAUGAUGACCAUCAUGAUCAUGGUGAUUUCGGGCUCGAAGAGAAUGCAACAAAUUCUUGCAGAUUUUCAGCAGAGCAAUCCAGCAGUAGUUUGAUUCCAGAAAAGGUCGACAAUCACAGCAGCAGCAUGAAUCUUGAAAACGAUGAUCAUGAUCAAGAUCAAGAUAACUAUGGCCUAAGAGAAAACCCUAAGAAAUCUUGGAAGAUUUCUGAUUUAAGGGCCUGUGGUUCUCCAAGAAAAGGAAAUAUUUGCAAAGAAUGUGGGAAAAGGUUUCCCUCAUCAAGGGCUCUGGCAGGUCAUAUGAGGACUCACUCUGGGAAAUUCAAGGGUCGACAUCCUUGCAAGAAAUGCGGCAAAGCUUUUGAUUCAAUGAGAGCAAUGUAUGGGCAUAUGAAAAGCCAUCCUAAAAGAUCAAGGGUCUCCUCUGAAUCUGCAGACGGCAUAUCAGAUUUUGACAUUGUGUAUCCAAGGAAGAAGAGAUCAGUGAUGAGGUACAAAUCUACUCACAGUUUCUCCUAUUCUACUGCAAAUGCAUCGUCUUCUCUUAAUGAGAAUGAUGAAGUAGAAGAUGCUGCUAUCUGCCUGAUUAUGCUUUCGAGGGGUGUGAGCAAUUGGGAUGGAGUUGAUUGCCCUCUUGUGUAUACUGAUAAUGCUACCUCUGCAUAUUUUGAAGCCAAGUCAGUUUCUCUUCCAGAGGAAAGCACUAAAGUUGAUGCAGAAGAUGUUGUAGGUAAUCCAGAUGAGGUUGAAAUGCCAGAGAAGCCAAUAGAAGAGCUAUAUUCUUGUUUUUUUGGGUCGGCUAACUCUUUGUCUAACCAGAAUGUAUCUCAAUUUAACGAAUUGAGCUCUGAAUUUGCCAGUGGCAAUGAGAAGAAAGCUGAAUUGGAAUUUCGUGUUUAUGAGCCUCUCUGCAGAGGUGAACCCAAUGAGUCUAGGCUGCUUGAUGUAUCUGGUGUUGAGUUGGAUGGCUCUGAUUCUGCUGGAGUAGUUGAACCCUUGAAGGAUCAAAGUAAGGCAGUUGGAAUGGAUCAAGAAGAUAUACAAUUGAUGGAUCCUAAUCCAUGUAAGAAAGUAGAGUUCAAUGCUCAUGCUCCAGAGUUAGAGAUAUGUUCUUCCGACAGAGCAGAUACUGCUGAUGAAAUCUUCAAGAUUUCAGAAAAGAAACGAGAGUACAGAUGCAGGGCCUGCAACAUGAGCUUUAGCUCGCAUCGAGCUCUGGGAGGUCACAGCAAUAAACAUAAAAUAAAUGGUCAUUGCUCUGCUUCGGGCACAGAGUCCAGCCAUCUGACUGAUAUUGAGUGCAAUGGCACUUCGGCUGAGGCUGGUAGUGAUGGAGUGGCCAUGGCAGAUUUGCAGUUGACUAAAACCAAGGACCAUGAGUGUCCUAUAUGCUUCAAGGUUUUCUCCACAGGCCAAGCUCUAGGUGGUCACAAGAGGGCACAUUAUGCUGGUUUUAGUGAGAGCAGAAUUAAGGAGAUGACAGCUGCAAAUCAGGAGCUUCGUGAUAUUCAGAAUGUCUUUGAUCUGAAUCUCCCAGUAAUCACUCAUCCAGGGGCCAGAGAUGAUGGUAUUAGCCUCAAGGCAUGGUAUGAGCCCCUGGUGAUUUCCAAUUGAGAAACUACUUGAUCCUCAUUUUCCCCGAGGUCAUACACAGUGAAGACUCAUUUUACUCUUAUUUGACAUUGAUAUUCGUCCCUUGAAAUAUUGUGGCUGACAGUUUAUAAAACGGAAGAGAAGAUUCAGGCUGAUUUUGCUGGUAGAUUCAGAAAUGUUGAUAGUUUCAGUAGCGUUGACAUUUUUCUCCAUAUUGAUUUCUUCUUGUCUUCAGUUAACCAGCAGAAAGUCUGAAUUGUUAAUACAUCAAAGCUCAUAUUUUGUUCAUCUAUUCAUCAAUUGAACGAUUUUAUGGACCUUACUUGUGGAUUGUCACUGAAUGGUUUUUCUUUUUGUUUUCCCGUCCUACUUUUGUGCCUCAUUUUCCCAAGGCAACAAAGAUGGGUGGGCAAUAGUCUCUUGAUUAUGCUGUUUUUCUUUGCAAGUUAUUUGCCUUGUAUCUGUUGAGCAUUGUUGAAGGCCUGCUGCUAUUGACGUUUUGUCAAUGACUGGAGGUUGAGGGGCUACAUGUAGUUCAGUGACCGUGCAUUUUGUUCAACGGAUGGCUAAGAGGUCAUUAAUCUGUUCCAGUUAGUUGGAAGAAAGCACGCUUGAUGUUUCUCUAAGCAAUAUUAAAAUCCAGAAAAGAUGGCGUCUGAGAUUAAGGUGGUUGUUUAGUCACCUACCAUGUACAUCAGAACGACUA